GAGCUGACAGGGGGCCGAGGCGAGCCCCCCCGCCUUGUGCAACACAGCCUCUAUUCUGCGGUAAAGAUGGUGGCGUCAGAGGGGGCGCGCUGCGGCUCGACAACGGUGAAACGGCUUUGAUUCGGUCCACUUUGACCGACUGAAGCCGUCGCGUUAGCUUUUCGUCGCUCCUCGUGAUUCACCGGGACCACCCGGGCAGAGAAAAUCGCUGUCACGGGCCGGGGGCUGGGGUUUUAUUGUUAGGGGCAGGCUGGGUGGGUUUCGGCUGGUAGCCGCUAUCGUUAGCCGAAGCCCGGCUAACUUCGGGCUAGCUCACGUUCGAGGAGAACACCGGAGGGAGGAUUGGGGCUAGGCCGCUGCAGCUCGGGGGGAAUGUGAACCGCGGGGACACGGUGGGGGGAGGUUUGCUUGCUUGGUCCCAAACGUCCUCGCGCAGAAGUACCGGGAUGGGACAGCAGGUAGGCCGCGUCGGGGAGGUUACAUCGACCGGACUCCAGCCGCCGCAGCCCCACGCGUCCCAGCCGCACCAGGGCAAGGGGAGCCGGGGGAGCGUCGCCGGGAGGAGACCCCGGGAACCCGGCUGCAACACCGGGAUACCACCGGGAAGGACAGCCGCGGUCAACGUUCCCGACCCCGGGAUAAAUAUAUUCACACAGCAUUCAGAAGCUCUGACCGAGGCAGUGCGAUGGAGCUCCAAGGAGAACCUGCUGGGUGCGACCGAGAGCGACCCCAACCUCUUCGUUGCGCUUUACGACUUUGUCGCAAGCGGGGACAACACGCUCAGCAUCACCAAAGGGGAGAAGCUGUGCGUGCUGGGCUACACCCAGAACGGAGAGUGGAGCGAGGUGCGGUCGAAGAACGGCCAGGGUUGGGUUCCCUCCAACUACAUCACGCCGGUCAACAGUCUGGAGAAGCACAGCUGGUACCACGGGCCCGUCUCCCGCAGCGCUGCGGAGUACCUGCUCUCCUCCCUCAUCAACGGCAGCUUUCUGGUCCGGGAAAGCGAGAGCAGCCCCGGUCAGCUGUCCAUCUCUCUGCGAUACGAGGGGAGAGUGUACCACUACCGCAUCAACACGGCCACUGACGGAAAGGUGUACGUCACGUCCGAGAGCCGCUUCGCCACCCUGGCCGAGCUGGUCCACCACCACUCCACCGUCCCCGACGGCCUGGUCACCACGCUGCACUACCCGGCGCCCAAAUGCAACAAGCCCACCGUGUACGGCGUUUCGCCCAUUCACGACAAAUGGGAGAUGGAGCGCACAGACAUCACCAUGAAGCACAAGCUGGGCGGGGGCCAGUAUGGGGAGGUGUACGUCGGCGUGUGGAAGAAGUACAACCUCACCGUGGCUGUCAAAACGCUCAAGGAGGACACUAUGGAGGUUGAGGAGUUUCUGAAAGAGGCGGCCGUUAUGAAAGAGGUCAAACACCCAAACCUCGUUCAGCUACUUGGUGUGUGCACAUUGGAGCCCCCUUUCUACAUUGUGACAGAGUACAUGCCGCAUGGCAACCUCCUGGAUUACUUGAGAGAUUGUGAAAAGUCGGAGGUGAACGCUGUGGCGCUGCUCUACAUGGCCACGCAAAUCUCCUCUGCCAUGGAAUACCUGGAGAAGAAGAACUUCAUACACAGGGACCUUGCAGCGAGAAAUUGCCUGGUGGGUGAGAAUCACGUCGUCAAAGUUGCAGACUUUGGCCUGAGCCGGCUGAUGACCGGCGACACCUACACCGCCCACGCCGGAGCCAAGUUCCCCAUCAAAUGGACGGCCCCGGAGAGCCUUGCCUACAACACCUUCUCCAUCAAGUCUGACGUCUGGGCAUUCGGCGUGCUGCUGUGGGAAAUCGCCACCUACGGCAUGUCUCCGUACCCAGGCAUAGAUCUGUCUCAGGUGUACGAUCUCCUGGAGAAAGGCUAUCGCAUGGAGCAGCCAGAGGGAUGCCCGCCCAAAGUCUACGAACUCAUGAGGGCAUGCUGGCAGUGGAGCCCUUUAGAUCGACCUUCGUUCGCAGAGAUACACCAAGCCUUUGAGACGAUGUUCCACGACUCCAGCAUUUCGGAAGAGGUUGCAGAGGAGCUGUGUAAGACGGCGUCGUCUGGUCACUGCGGGCCGGCCGGUCACGACACGCCCCUGUUGCCUUCCAAGUCCCGCACACUCCACAAGCACACAGAGAACAAGGAGAACAUCGAGGGUGGACUGGACGGGCACGCCGACCACAGCCCCCACAGCCACUCAGGUUGGGCUUCCACUUUGUUCGGAGGGGACAGCCGAUCCGGCAGCUCCCCGGCUCUCCCCAGGAAGCAGCAGCCGCGGGAUAAAUCUCCCAGCAGCCUUUUGGAGGAUGCGCAGGACAUUGGCACAUUCACGCGGGACCGCAAGACUGGCUUCUUCAGCUCCUUCAUCAAAAAGAAGUCCUCCUCCUCCUCCUCUUCCUCGUCUCCGUCUUCCCAGGUGCAGCAGAAUCUUCCCACGCCGCCCAAGAGGAGCAGCUCCUUCCGGGAGAUGGAGACGCAGCCUCACAAGAAAUAUGAACCCACGGCGGACUUCAGCGCACCUCCUCCCUUGCCCCAGUCCGAUAGUUUAGGGGGCUUUUCUGCCUCUCCCUCUCACUCCCACGGGGAAGCCACCCAGUCCCAGUCCCGCUGCUGCGGCGCUGCUUUCGGACAGAAACCCUCCGCCGGGGGCCUCGGCUCUCAGCUGACCAGCGGCAGCAGCUGGAGCGGGCUGGCUGGCUUCUUCACCCCCAGACUCAUCAAAAAGACUCUCGGGCUUCGUACUGGAAAAACGGCCUCCUCAGACGAGGGCGGUAUAGUCGGAGGGCCCAAACCCUUCCCCAGGUCCAAUUCUACCUCCUCGAUGUCAUCCGGGCUGCCGGACCUGGAGCGCAUGGCUCUGACUUUGCCGAGGAACCGCAGCGCUAAGCCUCCUCUGGAGAGGACUGCCUCCACGACCUCGCAGCCGGAGAACGGGGCUGCGCGUCCCUCGGAAAACCUGCUGAGGAGGAUGGAUGAGGGAACCGCACAGAUCAGGGAAAGGCCAAAAGCCAAGCUACUGCCCCGGGGUGCUGCUGUGGGGGCGAGGGCGCAGGGGGUCGGGGGCGAGGCGGCGGCGGAGCCAGAGGGUCGGGUUCGGGACGGCCGAGAAGAGGGCGGAGGGCCGGACAGGCAGCAGAGCUGGUCUUCUCCUUCCAAGAGCUCCAGUUCGACUCACAACCACAAAGUCCCGGUCCUCAUCUCCCCCACGCUGAAGCACAGCCCGGCCGACGUGCACCUGGUGGGGCUGGACUCUCAGGGGAAUCGCUUCAAGCUGCUGUCCGAGCACCCAGGCGAGCGGGACAGGCCGCGGCUGGUCAAGCCCCGCUGCGCUCCCCCUCCUCCUCCGACGCUGCGCGGCCUGCAGCAGUCCUACAGCUGUGACGGCGGCGAGGACCCGGCCGCCGCGCUCCCCGCGGAGGUCAACGGAGACGCGGUAAAAGGUCAGAGGUCGGGGCGAAUGUCCGGAGGGGCGACGACAGGUAGACCGUCUGUGCCACCACCGCAAGUGCCUCCUGCUUCUUCCUCCUCCUGCCCCGCCAGCGCCAACACGACGCCCACAAAAAUGGCAAACGGCGCCGCCACCACCGCCGCCGCCUCCUCACACGCGGCGCCAUCCUCUGGCUCCAAAGUGGUAAAGCGGCGGACCAGGCAGCAGGUGGAGAGGGUGCCCCUGGAGAGGGUGAGCCGCGAAGCCCUGCUGGAGUGCGCCGAGAGCCUGAGCAGCACGCUGAGCGCCAGCUGCGACAGCCCCUCCAGCAGCCAGGUGCUGGACGCCGGCCACCAGCUGCUGGACUGCUGCUCAGGCUACGUGGACUGCAUCCCUCAGAUGAGGAACAAAUUCGCCUUCCGCGAGGCGGUGGGCAAGCUGGAGCUGAGCCUGCAGGAACUGAGGGCCUCCUCUUCCGGAGGCGGGGGGCCGAGCGGCGCGGGGUCCAACACCGUGCUGGACAACCUGCACAACUGUAUCAGAGAGAUUAGCGACGUGGUACAGAGGUAGCCACUGUGAUCACCUCUCCUACCAGGCAAAUCACUUACAGUAUAUUCCGUUUUUUUUUGUUUUUGUUUCAAUGUUCCUGCUUCUGUGGACAGCUUUUUUUUGGGGGCACACAGAUCGAGCUCCGUCUCUGCAGUACCUCACAGAGUUCACUACAAAAAAAAAAAAAACACAACGUUUUAUUGUUUACAGAGACCCGUUUUCCUAAAAUGCCAGUGUGGACACUGAGUCGUUGCUCUUAGCUGUACAUAUUUUUUGAGAAAUGUUUCACUAAACUAAACGUGGUUCAAGUCACACGCAAUGUUUUGCUACGAUUUCUUUUUUUUUUUUUUUGGCCACAAAAAGCCUCUUUGUUACCCGAAUGUCGGAGCGUAUCAGCUGCGUAUGUCGUCAGCCAGGAGGACAGAGGGUGGAGGGCAGUCCUAAACUCGUCGUUUCACAAGUGUGUGGACCAUCAGCUGGAUGUAUUGUUUCACAGCGUGGAAUUGUGUGACCAUAAGCCAUUUAUUUUUUUUUUUUUUUUUUUUAGAUAAAGCCAUUGGGAAUGUAACGGUGUGGACCCACCUUAGGGGAUUCAAUAGCGUUCAAUGCUUGGGGGUGUCAAAUGUAACUUUAUGUGCAUCAGUUUAAGCUUUAUUUACAUUUCAAUCACUAUCUAGGAUUU